AUGGACAGCGCAACAAUCGUGUCCGACGACCUGUUGGACCCUCCCGUGCGGCUCUUUGAGCGCCUGCGCCAGAUCGCCGGCUACACCUGGGACGACUCCAAGCCCCCGUACAUACUAGCUUCGAUGCCUGGCUCGUCUGUGGAACCCGCUUCGUCUCCCCCUUUCACGCCUCCAUCAAAAACGAUUUCCGCCUCGACCCCCAUCAAUCUCCGAGACUUCCUCGACUUUGCCAUCGGUGCUGCUCAGUGCCUCGAGAUCUUGCAUCAUGGCCUAGGCAUGAUUCACGGCGAGAUUCGAGGUGACGCGUUCCAUUAUAACAUAGAAACCAAUAAAGUUAGGCUCGUCUCCUUCGGUUCUGGCGUCCGCUCGUUCGAACACGGGUUGACCAGCACCGGCUGGUUGGCCUUAUCCCGAGAGCUCGGUGCUAAGAAUAAGCUGCUUUACAUCAGCCCGGAGCAGACCGGCCGCAUGCCCGCCGAACCCGACAUUCGGACGGACAUCUACUCCCUCGGCGUACUCUUUUGGACCCUCUUGACGCAGCAGCCGGUAUUUGAAGGCGAGACUCCUCUUGACAUCGUCCAGGGCGUCCUAAGGCGUCGUAUCCCUGCUGUAUCUAUCACUCGAAAGGACGUACCCGACGUGAUCAGCAAGAUCAUACAAAAGUGCACGGCAAAGAGCGUAGGGGAACGAUAUCAUUCCGCGAGCGGUCUUCGGCAUGAUCUCACCAAGAUACAGGAGUUCCUAGGUGAAUGUAAUUGGGCUGCUUUGAAGGAGCUGGACAUUGGGACGAAAGAUGUCUCUUCUUUCUUUAUGCUUCCCACUACCAUGAUUGGGCGAGAUACCGAGCGGACGCGCCUCGUCAAGGUCAUCGAACGACUCGCGAUGAGCCACUCCACCAGCCAAAAGACGGGAGGCGGCGCCAACCGCUUUUCGGACGCAUCCAGCUUUUCCAAUGAGUUCCUGGACGGUGCUGACGGCUCUAGUGAAGGCGCUAGUUCCGCCGAUGGGAAUCAGAGGAUGAGCGGGUCGUACGCCGCCACCGUCUGCUCGGACCCGCGGCAAUCCAAGAGCAGCUUUUACCCUUCGCAUCUCGCGGAAACCCAGACCAUCCACAGUAUCAGCAGCGAUACACUGCCGUCCCCGGCCUCCGGCCCAAUGGCGAGGGCACCGAAGCCUUGGGAACGCCACCACUCAGUGUCCUUCGAAACGAGAAGCCUUAUGGAAAGCGCCAUGACGGACCGUGAUCUCAACCGCCAGAGCGCGGUUGAAUCUUCAUCCUCCUCAAGCUUCUCUCGAAAAUUAGGGUCGGUCAAGUUCAGGCAGCGCGGCCAUACUGAAAUCAUCACGAUCGAGGGCGCUGCUGGGCAGGGAAGUCUUUCUUGGUCCAGCCUGCCUGAGUUCCUUCUUGGGCGAGACGAGGACGACAAGGAUGAAGAAGAUGGAGAUGAAACAGAGGAUGGAAAUGGAGAUGGGAUCCCGAUCUCGGCCAGUCCAGCCCCCGCCCAGGAUAAAGAGACGAGGCUCGUCUCCAGGAGCUUCUUCGAGGAUGACCCGUGUCUCGGUUGCCAGCUGUCAGAGCUCGCAGGACUUUUGCGCGCCGGCGCUGCCGCCAAGUCGUCGAGGCUUCUAAACACAUUUCUUGACGUGCUGCGCAUGUUUACCGCGAACAAGUUUGUCUGCUUCUGCCUCGACGACCUUCACUAUGCCGACGACGAGUCGCUCGAGCUCAUCUCCCAGAUCAUCGCGGUCCGAAUGCGCAUGAUGAUCAUUCUAACUUAUCGUCCGGACGAGAUAUCUCCAGAGAGGAUGCAUCGGAUCCUUCAUCCUCUUGACCUGGAACAACUGCCGCGUCUGGGCGGACCCAUCAUUACCAGGAUCGUCCUCGAACCACUAUGUGAGGCCGAUAUUGUGGAGUACGUCUCCAACACCCUAAGCCGGCCGAAAGAGGAGGUAUUGCCGCUGGCCCUCGUUAUCCAGUCCAAGACGGCCGGUAACCCGUUCUACAUGAGGGAGAUGCUGAAUGCAUGCCACCGGAAGAAGUGCAUAUGGUAUGACUACCGAGACAGCCAGUGGCACUUCGACCUUGAUAAGCUGUUUGAUCAGUUUAGAGGUGAAAAGGAUUAUGAUGUCCUCGACACCGGAUUCAUCACUCAUCGCCUCGGCGAACUUCCCGCGGCUUCCCUGGAGAUUUUAUCAAAGACGCAUCCGAAAGUGACUUCUGCCCCCUUACCCACCUAUACGCAGCAGGACGCCAUUGCCGGGCUCCAAGCCGCGAUACAGGCAUAUAUACUAGUUCCUACAGACUCUGACGAUCGCUUCCGCUUCGCGCAUGACCGCUAUAUCCAAGCUGCUGCCGAUCUCGAAGAGUGCCACUCCCGGAGGAUGCAUUUUGUCAUUGCACAAACCCUCCUUAAGCACUACAACACCGAUGACUCUAUGCGGGAUAGCACGGCCCUGCACAUCUGCACGGCUGUGGAUCUCAUCAGGCAUCAUAUCAAGAUUCGCCAGCCAUUCCGCAAUCUCCUCCUGGAGUGCGCCCAAGCUGCAACGGAGAAAGCCGAAGACGUCUCCUAUGAGGAGACUAUCCAACUCUACCUCCGGGCCGCAGAGUGUACCCUCUUCAUGGGCCACCAUGCGGCUGCCAACGGCGUUCUUUCCACUAUAUUUAAGAGCGCUAGAUCUGCACUUGACAAGGCUCCGGCCUACGUUUUGCAGUCGAGAAUUUUUGCCCAGAGCGGCGACGCAGAAUCCACUUUGAACUCCCUCAAGGACUGCCUCGUCGCGCUCGGUGUCAAGGUUGACCAGACGCCCACGUAUGAGAAAUGCGACGAAUGGUUCGAGAAGCUUUCCGUCAAGAUCCAAACCACGAGUAGGGACAGUCUACUUGUAGCUAAAGAGCCGAUGGACGCCACACUUUCAUCUAUAGGAGCCGUCCUCGUGGAGACUCUGAGUGCGGCCUGGUGGAUCGAUCCCCUGCAGUUCUAUAGCCUGACCUUGACCAUGCUCAACCUGCACGUCGAGUCGGGCGCGUUUCCGCAGUCGGGUAUGGCCUUCAUCCACUUUGCGAUCGUAGCUCUUUCCCGGUUCAAUAUGGUGAAGUUCUCCGUUGAGCUGGCAUCAAUCGCCCUGGAACUUCUCGAUAAGUACCCCGAUCACUUCACCGUCUCUCGAGGCCACCUCACCUUUGCCCACUUUUUAGCGCACAUUAGCUAUCCCAUGUCCGAUACCGUAUCUCAGAUGGAACGCCUGGUAGACUACGCUGCACUGGGCGGCGACCGUAUCUCGACCAUCCUUUGCGUUGGCAUUUGCGCUCUUGUCAAGUUCUACGCGAGCGAAAACUUGGCGGACCUGGAGGUCUUUUGCCAGUUUGGCUGCGAAGAGAUUCCAAACUGGCACCAAGACUCCCGCGGCGGCACCUUGCUCAUUUUCGUGAGGCAAACGUGCAAGGCGCUUCAGGGCAAAACGAGGACGGAUGACCCCGAGAACGUGAUGACGGAUGAGCAUCACGACAUGGCCGUUUACAAACAGUGGCUUCACGAUCAUACCCGCAACGGAAACCGUUCCCUCCUUCUCUAUGAGACGUUCGAGGUGCUUGUCCUCUUCCUCUAUGGGCAUUACGACAAGGCGAUCGAAGUUGGCGAACGCUGUCUGGACAGUAUAACCAAGAUUUGGUCCUCGCGGAACAGCCGACUGACGAUGCUUGCGUAUGGCCUAGCCCUCUCGGGCCGGUUCCUCAGGAUGCUCCCGGACCCGCGGCUCGCCGAUACGGAUGAGCUGAGGGCCGAGCUAGAUCGCACUAUCACAACGCUCAAGGAGUUAAAGAAGAAGGUUUCCGACUGGGAGACUGUUAACAACGUGAAUUACUUGGCUUGGUCGAAGUUCUUGGAAGCCCAAGUCGAAGAACUUAGCGGAAAUGCCGCCCUCGCGAUUCAGCGAUACGAGGAAGGCCUAGACCACGCAGCCGAGAACGGCUUCCUGCUAGAGCAGGCUCUCGGUAGUUACCUUUUAGGUGCUCUGUUCCUAAGGCGCAAGGCCAGGAGGUGCGCGAGAGCCGUCCUGCGUGACGCGACGAGCUUGUACCGACAAUUUGGAGCUUUGGGAGUGGCCGAUCACAUCCAAGAAGAGAAUGCCGACUUCCUCAACGACUCCCGCGUCUACCCCCGCCUCGUUGACAUGGGGGUCCAGACAGAUUUCGCCACCGAGGUUGGCCACACGCCGUACCGCACGCAUGCUAAUAACGAUGAGGAUGACGACUUGGCGCAAAGUUCACAGCUGGCGGAUACUAAGGGUGACCGCAUCGGCGCCUGGCGAGGGUCUAUGCACAUGCAACACGAGGCCGGUGCGGGCCUGCCGGCGCUCGAUAUGAUCGACCUGCAUGCCAUCCUGCUCUCCUCUCAAGCCAUGUCAUCUGUACUCCAAGUGGACGAGCUCCUCAAAACGAUGUGUGAAGCCAUCUUACAGACCUGCGGUGGGUCCGCCACACUAGCAUCCAUCGUCGUCGCGGACGAGUCCAAUGGCUGGUUGCUCGCGGCUAGCGGUGACCCUGAGCGGGGCGCGUCUGCUCACAUGCCCGGAAUUCCCAUUUCGGGGACAUCUCUUGUCGCGGAGAAUGUGGUUCUCUACUGCACGCGCUUCCGCGAGUCCGUCUUCAUCACGGACCUCUUGAGCGACGAAAGGUUCGGCAAUGUCAGCGAGCCGUGGCUUCAGCGGAAUCCUGAGAGCAAGGCGGUGAUUGCAAUCCCAAUCUCGCACGGCGAGAAACCGCUCCUGGGGGUGUUGUACCUCGAGGGCGAGCCCGGCUCAUUCACUGAUCGCAACGUGACUGUUCUGCAGCUUCUUGUCAACCAAAUCGGCAUUAGCUACUCCAAUGCCAUGGCGAUGAAGGCCGUGGAAAAGGUCUCGGCCGAGUACGUAUCAGCUCUUUCGCUCCAAAAGGACGCGCUUGCCAAGGCGCUAGAUGCCGAGACCAAGGCCAAGAAUGCAAAGGCCGAAGCCGAGCGCAACGUCAAGCUGGCGGAGGAAGCCGCGAGGGCCAAAUCCAUCUUCCUUGCGAACGUGUCGCACGAGCUGCGCACCCCUCUCAACGGCGUCAUCGGGAACUCGGAACUUCUUAGAGAGAGUAGCCUGAACCGGGACCAGCUCGAAAUGGCUGACUCCAUCCGGGUGUCGGCCGACCUGCUACUCACCGUCAUCAACGAUAUCCUUGACUUCUCCCGCAUGGAAGCCGACAAGAUGAAGCUAUACAUUAGCGCCUUCAACCCAGAGGAGAUGGUCCGGGAGGUCGUGCGUGCGGCCUCGUACAGCAAUCGCGAGAAGAUGACGCAGGUGCAGAUUAUACAGGACAUCAACUUACCAACCAUGCUUAUCUACGGUGAUCCUAUCCGGCUCCACCAAGUGCUAGGGAACCUCAUUGGCAACAGCCUCAAGUUUACCGAAACUGGGUCGGUUACUAUCGGCGCACGCGUGGAACUCGAGACGGAGGACCGGGUAAGGUUGACCUUUUGGGUAGAAGAUACGGGCAUCGGUAUACCACCGCAGCAGUUGGCCAACCUGUUCCAGCCGUUCAGUCAGGCAGACGCCAGCACGGCGCGCAAGUAUGGCGGGAGCGGGCUAGGACUGAGCAUCUGCAAGAGUCUGAUCGAGACAAUGAUGAAAGGAAGGAUCCAGCUCGAGAGCCAAGAGACCGUGGGCACCCGGGCGUGGUUCACCGUCACUUUUGAAAAGGCAUCGGCAGACGCCAUGCUCGGUGAUGCGGUGCACUCCGAGCCAGUUUCACCGGGGUCCCCCAUGGAGGCGAGGUCGUUGGCGGCGGAGUCCUCGGAGUCAGACCACGCAUUGACGCCGCAUCCGUUCCUAGACCUAUCGCAGAUUCCCAAGGAAGAGCUCCGGGUCUGCAUCGCGGAGGAUAACGCCAUCAACAAGAAGAUUGCCAUCCAAUACGUCAAGCUACUUGGAUAUCCCAACGUUGAUGCCUACGAGAACGGGCAAAAGGCGGUAGAAGGGCUGCGCGAGAAAGCGGCCGAGGGAAACCUUACCACAUCAUCCUGA